CAACAGGAGAUUCGAUCGAAAAAAAGAAAAGACACACGUGCCCGUCCGAAUAUGGAAAUCGUCAGUCUAUUAACGUUUUUAUCUGUAGUAGCUCUUGGACCUUAUCCAGCAGCUGCUGUAAACUACUUUACUGGCUUAGACUCAUUUGUCGCUAUGAAAGCCUUGGGAAUCACUGAUGGCGCAGGCGUACUACAGAAAAACACUCUUUUCUCCUUCUCCAACAAUGAAUGCGUACACGACUUGCACGACAUAGGGUUUCCUUUCAUUUUUAUGGAUUUGCCCGGAGCAACUCACGAGCUGGCAAACAUACUUGUGGAAACGCCUCCAAAUGAGCUCAUGUCAUUCUUCAACGUCAGUGAUUGCAAAUCCUUCUACUCUUUUACUGCAGGCGAUUCCAUACAUGACAAAGGUAAUAAAAUUGUCCCGUCUGAUCAGGCGUCGUUGGAAGAUGCUUUUUGGCAUGAUCAAAGACUGCCCAACCUUCGCAUUCGCAAUGACUUGCAGCGUGUGGUAGACGUGUUCUGGGAGUUGCGAGACGGAUCCUUGACAGAGUUUCGGGUCGUGAGACUUAACUCAGGCCAAGAAGAAAGGUUCCGUUCUUUCUUGGGCGAUAUUUUCAUUUUCCGGGACGCGUAUGAUGAUAUGCGUCUCUUGGCCCGCACUGUCAUCACGGACGGGAACAAACCUUUGAUUUUGUCUCAAACGCUGAUGGGCAAGGGCGACACAGAAACUUUGCAAUUGAAUGAGAACCAGGCCGAUGUUUGGCGCGGUAGACAAAACACCAACGUAGCAAGACUUCGCCAGAAUGAGCUGCAACCCUCUACCGUGAAGAAAUACACAGGUGGGGGGUUCAAGAAGAUGCUUAUGCCCUCCUAUCUUCAUACAAGGCUCUUGGAAUAUCUGGCGCGACAUGAAGACCAGCGUAUGGAUGAACCAUGGCACAAGGACGACUUGCACGUCAAUUUCUACGAAAAAAUGACAACUAUCGUUUACACAGAUCGAGACAUGCGCGACAUUGUAUUCAAGACCCUGAAACCCAUUUUGGAAUCUUGGGUAGGCGGGGAGAAACUCAUGCCAACAAGCACCUACGGAAUACGACGAUACUACAAUGGAAGCAUCUUGCGGGACCAUGUUGACAUUGGACGCACGCACAUUGUGUCUGCCAUCCUCAACGUACGACAAGAUGUGGAUGAAGUAUGGCCGCUGAGCAUUUUGGAUCACCAAGGACGCCGGCAUUUCAUUGACAUGGCUCCGGGGGAAAUGUGUCUUUAUGAGAGCGCAACGGCCCUGCAUGGGCGAACGCAAGCCCUGCGGGGAAGAUAUUUCGAUAAUCUUUUCGCACAUUUCGCUCCCGCAGCUCCUUUCACGGUUAAUGCAUCAAAUAAAUCCGAUAAGUAAUUAUGCAUGAUCGGGCAGAAAGUAGAUGAAUAGGAUGGGAACAAGCUCGGCAGGAAGCGGAGUUGAUGAAAGCGACAUGAGAAAUAGAUUGUCUAAGACACAUAACAAUAUGAAUGCUUGUAGAGGUGAAGCAGUGCAGUAUGUCGAGAAAACUGACAAGAAAUUGUUUACCGAAGAAACAUGAAUGAAAUGGCGAUUACGAGGCACAUAUUACAAAUUUUGGGAGUGUUUUGAGAUGAUUUUGUCGGAGACACAAAACAAUGUAUAGAGAUCUCUGCAGUAUGUCGAAAAAACAGAGAGAAAUGAUUAUCAAUACUUCGCUGGGAUAAGAAAAAAAAGUUUUGGGGUUCAAAUGAGA